GGGAAGAAAGAUGGAGAGUUCCGACGCAGCGGAGCCUGAGAGGACCUUCAAGACAGACCUGUAGCCACAUUCAGACACAGAUCUUCAUCCCUUCUCAACGUGUUGCCUUUCGUGUGCACGUGUGGUGUGUGUCUGUGUCCACAGUUGGGAUGGGUUUGAGUGUGUGUGCAAGAAGGUUGAGUCGGGUCGGCGGCUGUGCGAGACGUUCCUGACCAUCAUGCGCGACAGGAUGGCCCUCGAGGACACAUACGCGGCCGGCAUGGAGAGACUCGCUGCCAAGUGCCCCAAACACAUCAAUGAGGGCAGGUCAGUCAGUCAGUCAGUGACUGCUGUGCUGCCCACACACACGUCUGCACAGCAGCCACGGCAGACACACAGACACCACAGACAGACAGACAGACAGGGAAGAAGCCGAGACCUGUAUGUAUGUAUGUCAUUCAAUGAUGUGUGUGGUUCUAUGGUUGGUGUGAGUGCAGCACUGUGCUCCGUGCUAUUGGGUGUUUCCGCAACGAGGCCAUCCGAAAGUAAGUAGGGGGAAGCAACCAAAACAGACAGGGAGGCAAACAAGCGGGAUGGAUGGAUGCCAGGCGGCGGUGUUGUGUGUGUAUGUGUCAGGGCCGAGCAGAGCCGUGAGUUGGCAGAGGGCAUUCGGGAUGAUAUAGUGCAGCAGCUGCAGGAAACUGUCAAGAACCACCAAACCGUAUUCAAGAAGGUGACCGACUGACGCACACACAGGCAGUGCAGUGCAUUCACAGCAUACACAGCUGGGCGUGUGCAUAUCUGUGUAUGUGUUCAUGUAGAUCUACAGCGAUGGGGUCAAGUUCAUCAAGCUCAUGAACGGACACAUACAAACACACGAACGGGUGAGCAUCAGCAUAGCGGGAAGGGGGUGUGGGGGUGUGGGUGUCAAGGCGACGGAGGGAGGCCAAGCCAGGCAGGCAGGCAGGCACAUCGAUAGACACAUGUAUGGAUGGAUGGAUGUAUGUACACACACACGUGUCGUGUGGUGUGGUGUCUGUCUGUCUGUCUGUCUGUCUGUCCUUGUGUGUGUGUGCCAGGCAAUGCUGCGUUACGAGAAGACCUGCAGGGAGGCAGACGCUACCUGCAUGGUAGGGAUGGAUGGUUGGUACACACAGGCACACACACACAUCCGUCCUUGGACAACACCUGCUUCCCUGCCCUGCCUCCCUCCCCCCCACCCUCCCUGCCUGCCUCCGUCCCAUGUCUGUCUGUCUGUCUGUCUGUCCAGAAUGCGCAGGCUAGUGACCGCUCACCGCCGCCCCUCAAGACCAAACUGGCCAUCAAGUCAGUCAGACACACAGACAGACAGACAGACAGACGGACAGCCACCGGUGUUUUGUGAGUGCCCCAUCGCUCACUCCCUCCCUCCCUCGUCAUGGCAGGGCACUGCAGCUGUGCAAGGAGGCCCAGAUAGCAGAGGAGCAGUAUAGACAUGCCCUCGACGUACACACACACACACACACCCCACAUACACACAUACGUACGUACGCGGAUGGCCUCUGCGUCUGUGUGGGUGUCUGAUAGGCGCUCAACAACGGCCGUCGGACGUUCCGCCACCAAAUGGUCAGUCAACGAGGGAGGGAGGGAGGGAGGGACAGAGAGAGAGGGAGGCGGCCGGCUACGGUGUCUGUCUGGACGAACGAUGUCAUUCACGUUGACGACGCCUGUGACUGUGUUCCUGUUGUGUUGUAUGGUAUGCAGACUGUGGUGCUUGACGCGCUGCAAGAUAUGGAGGAGAAGCGCAUCCAGUGCUUCAAAGACGCACUCAGGAAACUCAUGGUAGCAGGCACACGCACACAGAAGGCACAUAGCGUGACUGACCACUGGUCAUCGAUUUGGCGCGCGCAUUUGUCGAUAUCAGGUGUACCAGACGUCUUACGUCCGCAAUAUCCAAUACGACCUCGACAUCACCAUAGAGGUCACCACAACCACCAUGUUGUGUGUUGUGACCUUUUCCUCCCUCCCUCCCUCCCUCCCUGUCUGUUUGUCUGUAUUUGUCUGUCAGGGUGUGGAGGCGAUCGACCCCCGUGCAGAGAUCUGUGAGUACAUCGACAAAGUGGCCAGCGGCAGGCAGCCGCCACACGACAGCAACAUGGUAUGGUAUAGACGGACGGACGGACCCACACAAACAGGACGGCGGAAAUAGAUUUCAGGUGCCCAUGUGUCUGUGUCUGUGUGUGUGUGUGUGUGUGUGCAGCUGCCGUGGCCGGUCAUCACCGAGUGGCGUGUCCGCAAGGCGGGUGGUGAUUUGCUGGCGGCCGGUGUGGCGCCCUCCACCCUCCCAUCGUCCAUGAAGCACCUGCUGGCCCCUCCUGUGCCAUCCCCACCCAUACCCACGACGACCACACCACCAGUGGGCACACAGACCCCCGCGGUGGACCCCCACACCACACAAACAGAUGCCAAUGCCGCACCCGAUGCCGCCAGUGAGGCAUUCAGCGACCUGGCCGACCCCGCCACCAAACCCAAGCCAGCAGAGGAGGGGGACGAGCCGCAAGAUCAGCAGCAGCAGCCGCGGCAGCAUCCCCAGGACCCCGCGGUCGACCACUCGACUGCGUGUGACGACUCAGCGGCCGUCAGUGCGGAAGCCGACUCGCAUCAUGGGGCGGGUGAGAGCGGGGCCGGUAGGGAGGAUGGUGGUGGCAUUAGUAGCGCAUCGCCUGCCCCUCCGCCCCCGCCGCCGGCCAGUGAGGUGCCCAACCAUGUGGCAGUGCCGCCACCGCCACCCCCUCGACCACAACAGGGGGCACCUGCCGCCGCCGCUGCUGCUGUCGGUGGUGUUGAGCGUCCGUCGGUGUUUCCGGCCAACUUCAACCCUGCCGCCACGGCCAACAUGCUCAGACACAUCACCAGGUGGGCAGACAGACAGGGAGACAGGGAGGCCGAGUGGCAUAUGUGUCCUGCGUCAGGACCACUGGAUUGGACAGGCUGGCCGAUUCAGCUGCAGCACUGGUACACACUCAUACACACACACAGUCUCUCUGGUUUGUUGAUUGAAGCAGUGGGUUGUGUGUUGAAUGUGUGUGUUGUGGUGUGUUGUGAUGUGCCAGGGCGGUGGUGUGGGUCGUGUUGGUGGUGUGCAGCAGGGUGAGGGGGCCGUAGAGACCAUCCCGGACACACUCAUCAUGGACACAGAAAUACAAUACAACGCGUAAGUAACCUAACCUGCCAAUCACACAUACAUAAGCUCGAGACACCACACCUAUGUGCUGAUUGCCAGUCAUCUGUCCGUGUGCAUACCUACCUGUGUGUAUGUCAGUGUGGUGGACUCGAUAUGGGCUGACAAGGGCAUGACAGUGGUGGGGUUGCGGCCUGACCGACUGGUCAACGACCUCCAGUCGGCACUCAAGCGGGCCCUGCUCAUCACAGCCAUCAGCAAGAAACGAAUCGACAAGAAAUUCCAACUCCCAUCCAGGUGGGUGGGCCCGAUGAAUAGGGGCUUUGUUGCCGAUAGAUACACAUCUACCCAUCACUCCAGCCAUCCGUUUGCUGCUGGUGGUGUGUGUGUGUGUGUUUAGGAUAGCGUUGAAGGAGUUGGCCAUGGUGUGUCAGCCGUUGCUGGACUGGAGCGACCGCCAGUUUGACGUGGCCUGCGGCCGCACACUCAUGGUCCUCUCACAGUUCUUCUACUGCAUCGACCAACCCACUCCAGAAUCAACACACUCACAACACACUCCUGAGGCCGGGGAGGUGGACGGCCUUCCUGACAGCGACAAGGGUGCGGAUGCUGGUGGGGAGGACAAGGGCGAGAGUGCAGGGGAACCGUCAGCCAGCACCAGCACCAGCAGCAGCGGUGUGUCGUCCCCUGAGGUCGACAAGGGCGGCGAGCAGCCACGGAAGGUCUUCCUACAGGUCCAUCAGCCACACAGCGACACUUGCUCACUUGAGGUGUCUGUAAUUAAUGUGUCUUUAAUGUGUGUGUGUGUGUGGGUGGGUAGACGUUGUUGUAUCACCAUGGUUUGUGGAACCGGGUGCAGUUUUGGGAGGAGGCUCUCGUGCUCUUCCUCAGCGAAGAAAUGCAAAAAAACAUGGUCGGUGGGUCGGUGGGUCGGUCACCCUGCACACAAUAAAGCACCGCACCGCACCGCACCGCACACACACGGCAGGCAGGCAGGCAGGCAGAGAGGGAAGUGUGACUGACUGACUGACUGGUGGGGUAGUCAAUCCACUUGUGGGUGUGUGUGGGUGUGGGUGUGGUGGCCUGUGUGUGUACAUGUAUGUGCAGUUGAGCCGUCGUUGGCGCACGAGGACUUCAGAGGAGCGUGAGUUGGAGGACAAGAACUUCAGGGACCACAACCCAUGCGCAGGCAUGCUCUACUCAUUCGGUGGGUAACCACAACACACACCGCUGCAGUGCAUGGAUUGCAUCAGGACUGGUUUGGUUCCUUCCAUUUUUCCUUCCAACCUGGGUCGGUUGGGUUAUUUGGUUCCUUUGUUUGUUUGUUUGUUUGUUUGUUUGUUGAUUCCUUGGUUGGUUCAGGCAAGAGCAUGGUGUCGUUUGGUAUCGGUCGGCCGGCGGUGCGUGACCUCAUCACCAAAGUCUGCCUCAACUACGACGUCGCACCCGAAGUCCUCACCAAACUACUGGUCAGUCAGCCACCCCACCCCACCCCACACACAGCCAACUCAACCUCAGCUGGAUGUCAGUCAAUGUGUGUGUCUGGGCGUCUCAAUGUGUGUCUGUCGUGGCCGGGCCGGGUGCGGUGUGCAGGAGGGGUUGGAGGAUGUUGUGGUGCCGGCUGACAGCGUGCCCAAGACCAUGAGCGGGCAGCCCUCCGACAUGGCCCCCAAGCCGGCCGAUGCAGGAGAUGUAACAGCCAUGGGGGAGGAGCAGGGCACCUCCACACAGCAAACUACUGAGAAUCAUGAUCUUGUGACACUAGAGGAGGCUGAGGGGCAACUCUCACUCUCCGCCUCAGACUCACAUGUCUUCGAGGCGUAGACUCACAUACAGUGCACACGCUAGCGUGGCGUAGUGUGCGUGCGGUGGCUGGCAGAGCAGAGCAGACACACUGAGUGGUUUAAUUGAUUGACCCAGACACUCGCUUAGUUUACUUACAUGCAGAUGAGAUGUAGCACUUGCGUAGCUGGCUAGUGUGUGCGUCGGGUCGGGGGGAGCAGACGGGUGGUUUGUGUGUGACCACUGAAGUAGUGUCCUUCACGCACAAUCAGCAAGUCCUCAGACAUGCACAGACCCUUGGCACAGACACAUUCUCAGAUGUGGAUCCCGAAGUGGAUUAUUUGCUUUGGUCAUGCGUCCGGUGUUGG